UUUCUGUGAGUACUUUUCUCUCUUUAAAUCAUAGUUUUCAUACAUACAACCCUUUAAAUGCCAGAAGUUAAUCGUUUCUGUCAGUUUGAUGAUGUUUCUCACUUUAUUUUAGUGCUGAAUAUUCUCCUCUACUGUGGACACGCUCAAGAUGCUUUGCUGCAUAUUGAACCAAACUGGUCUCCUUUAUUUACUGGAGAGAAAGUUACCUUCAUAUGUGACUUAAAGGAAGGAAAACACACUGAUUGGAUUUACUCAUUCAGAUGGAAUAGUCAAGAGUUCAUCAACUACAGACCUGCGAAUAGAUUUACAUUAUCAUAUCUAUAUAUAGGAUAUAGUGGUGAAUAUCAGUGUGUUGCUUAUCAGAAGAUCCGUCCCAACGUUAUAAGAAGAAGUAAUAAAGUCUCUCUAAGUGUAUCAGCACAACCAAAGGCCCAACUGAGCAAAGACUCCCCUGUAGAGGGAAGUGUGACCCUGACCUGCUCUGUGGGGUCAUCAUCAUCAUCAUCAUCUGGAUGGAAGUACUUCUGGUACAGAGACAAGAAAACCUCUGAACCUCUGAAACCAGGAGAUGGUGUUCUCCCCCAGAGUGGAAGCAUCUCUCCCUCUGAUGGAGGAGUCUACUGGUGCAGAGGAGGAAGAGGAGACCCAGUUUACUACACAGAGUACAGCCAUCCAGUCGUCACAAACAGAGCUGUUGUGACUCUGCAAAAAAACUGGCCUGAAAUUUACUCUGGAGAGACGAUCAGUCUCACAUGUGGAGUAAAGGAGGGAGGAGGCUCUGAGUGGGAGUAUGAAUGGAGAACACCCGACUAUUACACACCUCAACACCCAAAAGGCUCCGUGAUCACAUAUGCACAAACAGGAGACUACAGCUGUAAGGGAAGACUGAAGGAUGAAGCCUCUACAACAGAAUGGAGUGAUGCUGUCACAUUAAAAACAUCACGUAUGUCAGCAUUUUUAUUUCCCUGA